UUGAACACGGAAAUGGUUGUAAACAAAGUUGAGCAAGCGGCUGUUUCGGAGUUCGGGAUGAUGACACCGAGUUAAAGUGUGGGAUAGUUUGAAACUGCAGGGUUUAAUUAAAGUACGCGGAAAAAGGCAGAGGAGACUGUUGCUUAUAGUCCUGGCUGGCCUUUUGUCAAUAUGGGCAGUUUGGAAGUGUUACUCAGUCGUUGGCCAAAUUACAAAGACGUUGUAAAGGCAAAAGUAUGUCCAAGAGGCUCCGGUGCUUUGGGCUGUUUGACAGCCGAUGGGACCCUGCGUAUCGCAAUGCUGGGAACUGGUACUUGUGAGCAUCUUUUAGACGGAGUCUUCAAAGACUUUGUUUGGGAAGAUAUGAUCUCCUCCCCUGCUGAUGGAAGCAAGUUGCGACUCUUGUGUGUUUCUGUCCAUAAUGACCUUGCUGUUUAUAAGCUGAAUGCACACACAUUUUCUUUAAUAUCCCAAUGUUCUGAAGAUGACCUUCGGACCCAGGUUGUGCUUAAAGAUCUCUGCCUACCUUCAUCUCUUUCCUUGCAACUUUUGUCCUUUGCCAAUAAACAUGCAUUUGUGUUGCUGAAUAGCUGCAUCCUUGUGCAAAUUUCAUUUUCUACACCAACUCAUCUAGAAAUCCUGGGAUUUUAUAAUCUCAAUCUUGCUCCUGAGGCAUCAGCAGAAAUAGUAGACAGUCAAAUCUGCAAAGGGAUUCUUCUUCUUCUGGACAAGGCAGGACAUAUAUACCUAUAUAGUACUGCUGAUGGGAAACAUCUUGCCAAUGUCAACUUGGUGUUAAAUCGAAUUAAUCCCGAAGAAGAUGAAUGCAAGUUAUUUUCAUUCAUGCUGCUCAGAGUGUCGCACAAUUUAAGCACAGUUGCUGUAAUUACUUCCUGUGGCUCUGCUGUCUCUGUUAACUUAAACAAAUACUUCAGAGAGCAUCCGCAGGAUUUGCUGUGUAGGCAUGUACAAGAGCAGCUGCCUCUGAAGAGAGAUGUAGCCCUUGAUGAGGACAGCUUAGAGAGUGCUGCCUAUAGUGCGAUUGCACUUGGGCUUCCAUUCAAAACAGAAAGGUCCUGGGAAGCAAGAUUGUCUACUUUGUGCAGUAAGGUGGCUCCUGCUCCAGUUUGUACCACUAAAGUAUUCACGCCUUGGUAUCAUCAUCUUCCAUAUGUUCAUCUAAGAGAAACUAUCAAUCUGACUCGGACUUCCUCAUUUGCCUCCUUCCUGAAGACUUUUAUCUGUGUCCAAAGCCAUGGUGGGCAGAAGCCAACUGGAGAAUUUAGUGAUAUGGCCAAUAGUCAAAGCCUGUCUGUCAUGCAUUUUAAGGACUAUAAAGAACAUACAGCCAUUGCAGUUUCUGCAUCAGAAUUUUCUGUUUUUGUACUUUUCAUUUCCAAUGAUAAAUCUCAAGUAACUGUGGCACUUUGGGACCUGCUAGCCAAUGAAGUUGCAUAUCAUCCUCUUUGUGAUUCCUGUGUGACAGCUGAGUCUAGUGGGGAGGAGCAGCUUUGUAUUAUUCUAAAAGAGUCAGGAUUGUCCAUGAUCCUUUUUGGCUUAACACAAGAGGAUUUGCUGAACAGGCUAAUCAUCUAUGGAAGUGCUGGAACCGUUGAUUCACUGUGCCAUCUGAAUGGCUGGGGAAGGUGUUCCAUUCCCAUCCCUGCCUUAGAGGCUGGUCUGAAGAAUCGUCAGCUGGACACAGUUGACUUCUUUCUGAAAAGUAAAAAGAACAUCCUCAGCACGUCCAUUACUUAUAGUGUGCCGGAGUCGUCUUUGAACUCUUCUUAUGUGCAACUGGAAAAUAUUAAGAGUCUAACACCAGCUCUCAAUUUGCUGUCAUCUGCCAUCAAAGACAAUGAUUUGGAGGCUCAGAGUAAACAAUUCUCUGAACAACUGCUCAACAUUACUCUCUCAUUUCUUAAUAAGCAAGUUCGUGAGAUCAUUGAGAGAACUCAAGAACUGGAUGAUCACAUGCAGCAGUGCAUUGACAUUUUAAGCAGCUACAUUUCUGAACUUCGCACUUUCAUGAAGAAGUUUCCUAGGUUUUCAAGUAGUGACCCAGAUGUCUCUGACUUUGGUGACAGUGAAAACCUUCUCACCAAAUGUAACCAGAGGUGGAAAUCUCUUCCUUUACAUGAAUUUAUUCAAGAUGCCAUCAUGAGUAACCAGAUCCCAUUGGCUCAGGCUUAUUUGAGACAACAUCAUGACCCUGCUCACUGUCUUGAUAAGCUUCUGAAGAUAGGCCUUAACUUGGUCUUUCAGCAUCUUCAACAGAGGAAGGUGACAGAAGCAGGAAGGCUCUUGAGAAAUAUGGGGUAUGAUGUAAAUAAGAAGUUACAUACUGUUUGCUUCUAUACAGAUGACAAAGAUCUGCGUGACUUUUUGGCUGAGCAUUUACAGAAGCAGAAUCACUUUUCUGAAAAGGAAAGCAGCUUGCUGGAGUUCAUCAAAAUAGUGGAGAGGCAACUUCUGCCAUCCCCUAGAACAAAAUCUACACAGGUUGUAUGUGGCACUGGGUCUUUGCAGAUGGAACAAAUUGAUUCAAAACAUGAGGCAGUUUUAGAAAAGAUGUUAAGAGAUGAAACUCUUAUCCAAACCAAGUGUUCGAGUAUACUAUUGGAUUGGGCCAAAUGGUGGGACAACAACAUUCAGGAAGUUAUCCUACUAUCAAGACAGAUUGAGGAAGAUAAGUGCCCUGCAGGAGAUAGCCGUGGUUUAGGUAUGAAAACACACAUCACAGAAGUUCUCUGGGGAUACCUGACGUUGCUGCAUAUUUGGCAGAAUAUUGGAAUAUGGUUGGAUUUUUUUGGUGUUCCAGAGAGCACAGUUUCCCAGAAAUGGCCAGCACUUACACCAGUGGUUAUCAAUAGUUUCACGCAUUGCUGCAGCUACAUGAAGAACAAAGUGCUUGACAAGCUGGCAAAGAAUAAAAUAUUUGUGACCUCAGACCUGGAUGAUUUUGAGCAGUUGUUGGGAAGACUGUGUCAGGCUGGAGGGGUGAUGCAGGAUUCAUUACCAGUCCCUAAUUAUCUCUCGUCCAAUGGAAUGGACUUUCACUCCCACUUCAUUACCUUCUGUUUAGAGAAUGGACUGCGCUACUUGCUAUAUGUUUAUCUGGAAUAUUACAGGUUAAAUCUGAGCAACUGCCCUAUCCUGGCUGAUGAAGUUUUAUAUGCGGCUCACCCUUGGUUUGAAUUGUUAGUCAGGUUUCAGGAGAUCACAAAGAAUCCAAAAGAUCCCUAUGUCAUAUUCCAGUCUAGCCUGACUAAUUCCCAUAUACUGAUCCCUGGCAGCCAAGCUAGUGUAAGCAGUAUGCUGUUAGAAGGUCACACCUUGCUGGCUUUGGCAACAUUAAUGUUUGCCCCUGGAGGGUUUGAUGAGGUUGUUGGGCAAAAAGAUGGAGAGGAAUCAUCAUGGAAGGUGGACCCGCAACUUUUAAAAAUGGCUCUGGCCCCAUACCCAAAACUUAAAUCUGCAUUGUUCCCUCAGAACUCAUCUCGUGGCAUUCCAGCCCCAGACAUCUCUAUCUACAAUCUUAUUCAGGCUUUGUUUCCAUUUAAUCCUUCAAGGCACUUUGGAUGGCAGACUGCCAACACACUGGCCACUGUUGGUAUGUAUGCAUGCCAGAAUUUAUUAGAAUCUUCUGGAGAGAUGCCACACUUUGCUAGCAUUGAUCUUGUAAACAAGUAUGCGGUUGCUGAACGCCUUGAUUAUCUGCAUUACCUGCACCAUGGACGCCCGUCUUUUGCUUUUGGGACCUUCCUGGUACAGCAGCUUUCAAAGACCAACUCUGCAAUUCAGGCAAUUAAGCAGGCUUUCUGUGAGGCUUACGGCCUUGGACUUCUAAAUUUUGACCAGCCUGUUAUUGCUGCAGCAUGUGUUUGUUUCUGUGAGCUGCUAGGAGUUGACAGCCUUAAACUUAGAGUGGAUUUACAAGUUGGCAACCUGAUUUUCAAACACUGGACUAACAGCAACGAAGUUGCUCCACAAAACUCCCUACGAGACAGCCUUGCCGAAAAACUCUUUAAAUUAGUGGAUGCAGAUAAACAAAGUGCUGAAGAUUUACUGACUUUGCUUGAGGAGGCCAUACAGGACUGCAUCGAGAGGAGUCAAUUCAGCAGAACAUCCCACCAAUCCAGUCUGGAAUGGGCCCUGGCUGUACAAUUUUGCAGAGUUCAUGAGCUGGCACUCAGCACUGUUUAUCUACAACACUGUGCCUGGGACAAUGAAUUUCUACAGUUCCUCAUCUUCAUCCAGCUUCACAAUUAUGAUUCUGAGCAGGUAAAAAGUUUGUUGAAGUACUUCAGCCCUGUUCUUCAGGAGCACCUGUCAUUGGCCUUUGAAAAUCUGCAGUUGGUGCCUUUGGAGGAGGAGGAGGAGAAGAAAUGUCUACAGGACACUGAUGCUUUGAAGAUGUCCUUGCCACGUAGGAAGGCAGUCCCACAUGAGCUCUUCCAUGUUUUGCUUCUUAGUCAGGACAAGCCUAGACCAUGGAGGUACCUUCUUUGUGAGGCAAUCAGCCACAACUGCCCAGUCCUCAGUGUUCUGGCUGCUUGUGAACAGGGUGCAGACGUUUUACAGUGUCUAUGUGUCUGGAUUCUAACAUCUGUGGAUGAACAUGUCAUGCAAGAGGCCACUUGUCAUGUAAAGGAGAGUAUGGAUCAGCAUGCCUGGGAUCUACAUGACCUUUCAGUUAUCUUCAAAGUGCUCCUUAAAAACCUUCGAGUCAAGCCACUUUUAAGAGGUUUUAAGCUUUUUCAGAAGGAAUCGCCAAUGGUUUUCAUGUUGGAAAUGUACGAGCAGUGUAGUGAAUACAAGGACUACACUGCUGCCAAAUGCAAGCUUUUUGAGUUCCAGAAGUGCUUGAUAAAUCUCAAAUCACAGAACUCUGAAAUCUCCUUUCCAAUACCCGUACAGUGGCUUGAAUCUCAUGCCUUGCUGCUGCCCUUCCUGAUUUUACAGCAGUGUCAGACUCAGUAUGAAUUGAGGAAGGUGCUUCAGCUGCUGGCCGACACAGACUCUGUCUGGCGGUGCCACGGUCCUGAUUUCAAAAAACUAAGCAUCCUCAGUCAAAUCUUACAGGACACAACAAUUCUCAUUGACCUUUCUCUACCAAAGAAUUACUCAAUAGAGGCCCUGCAGAAGGAGUGUCAGAAGAUUCUGGAACAGUUGCUGGAGGCCAGGUUGUUUGCUUUAGCUCGACAAGUAGCAGAUCUGGCUGACUUGCCCAUUGACAGAUUAGUAAUUAACCAGCUCUUACAAGAACUGCAAACUUUGAAGGAACGCAAGCAGUGGGAGAGAAGAGAAACUCGAAUUAGCUUCUGGAAGAAGUGCAAUAGUCAAUUUCAAAGUGAUAGUGUGCGGAUCGUCAGUGUGACAGAGUUUUUCAUGGCUCAGGCAGAAGCCAUACCACAAGUCAAGGGUUCAGUAUCUGAGGUGCAGCUAACCAACAUUCAGGAGAAGCGGCUUCUCCUGACGUUAGCAGGACACUGGCUAUCCCAGCAGGACCCUACUCCUAUUGGACAGCUUGAAGCUAUUGAGAAGAAGAUAUGGGAGUGUUGUAUUUACCAGCAAACCUUACUAAACAAAUUUGAACCAGCGAAUAUAUUUUUCCACCAUGUUGCGGUGGCUGGUGACUCCUCUUAUGACACUUUAAUCAAGGAAUACUCUUUUUCAAAGCUAACAGUGUUAAACUGCCCAAAAUAUCUCCAUGUGGAGGGUCUCCCAGUCAUGGAUAGUUCUGAAAUUAAGCUGGAUACCACAGAGAAACAAGCACUAGCCCACCUUAUUGGACAAUUACUUGAUGAAGGUUCCAUCCAUGAAGCCAGUCGCAUCUGCAGAUACUUUGACUUUUACAACCAGGAUGUGAUACUAGUAUUGUACUGCAGGGCUUUAGCAUCGGGGGAAGUGGAUACCACAGCCAUGCACCCAGGGGUGCAGAUCAUCCUCACUGCUGGGUGUACAGCAGGUUUGGAAAAAGGAACCAGAAGGUCACGAAUGUCAAGCACCACAAGCCUCACAAGCAGCUCCUCAUUUGUGGUUGUGUCACAGCCAGAGGAUCAGGUUAUAAGUGACUUGCAGAUUCUAACUGAUGAGUGUCACCAUGGAAACAACUACUGCAGACAGGUGCUUAGCCUGUAUGAGCUGUCGAAGGAAUUGAACUGCUCAUACAGUGAGAUCUCUGCACAGGAGCCUAAGACGGUUCUACGCAAAGUUCUGUCAUCUGCACAGCCUGACCGUUUUAAGAAAGCACAGGCUUUUAUCACCAUCCAGGGCAUGGGAGUGCAGAGUGUAGCCGAGCUUGUGGCCUGUGACGUCUUGCAGGCAUUACUUGCUUCAAAUCAGGAUCUGGACUCGGCCGCCAGUCACAAGCCCAUAUACAACCCAGAGGACGGAAGGGAAGCCUUCCUGCAGCUGGCCAGACUCAGCCAGGAUCCAAACAUCGUGGGCUCUAUGCUGCUGGAUAAAAUCUCCUGUGUGCCUCAUGGAGAGCUGGCCUGCACGGUAGAGCUGCUCAUCCUUGCACACGACUGCUACACGAUGACCUGCAACAUGGAAGGAAUCGUCCGUGUCUUGCAGGCAGCACGUCACCUCAGCCACAACCACUUGGCACCUAGUGAGCAGUACAGUCUCAUGGUUCGUCUGCUGACUGGAAUUGGGAGAUACAAUGACAUGACCUACAUUUUUGACCUUUUGUACCAGAACCAUCGCUUUGAAAUUUUGCUUAGGAAGAAAGUGCCAUCAAAUACCACUCUGAAGACGGCUCUCCUUGAUUACAUCAAACGCUGUCAUCCAGGUGACAGUGAGAAGCACAACAUGGUAGCCCUCUGCUUUAGCAUGUGCCGUGAGAUUGGGGAAAACCACGAAGGAGCUGCCCGUACCCAGCUGAAACUGAUUGAGUCCCAGCCUUGGGCAGUUACACCAGAACUGAAGAAGUCACUAAUGAAAGUCCUGACUCUCUUAAAGGAUGCAGCUGAGAGUUAUUCCAAGGACUCUUGUGUGCGCCAGGCUCUAAGGUGCAUAAAACUGGCCAAACUGGUCACCCUGCAGAUCCACUUUCUCAACAUUAACCAGGACAGACGUCUCAUUAACCUGGCUCGACAGGACCUUAUGGAUGCCAUGAUCUCCCUGCCACAUUUCUACCAGGCACUUGUUGUUGCUGAAGCUUACGAUUUUGUCCCUGACUGGGCAGAAAUCGUGUUCCAGCAAGUUGUCGUGAGAGGAGACUUCUCUUACCUGGAGGAAUUCAAGCAACAGAGACCACUACAAGCUAGCCUGCUAGAGGAAAUUUCAAAAAAAUUCAAGCAGCCGGCUGAGUCAACGACUGGCCAGAACCUCAUACGACUACUCAAGUCCUGCGAUGAUGUCUAUAUGCGCUACAAAGUGGCCUACGAACACAAGCUGUUUGGUGUGGCGAAUGCUCUUCUCCAGGAUCCCAAAACCAGCUGUUACCUAAACGACAAGCUGGCCAGUUAGCAUGGUGGAGUGUGGACAACAUAUCUGUCAGAACUAAAGGAUUCAUGUACACGGAUUUGUAUGAGAGAACCACAGUUGUACAAAUUGGUUCAUACAAAGCUGCCGUUUUGCACUUUCAUCUGCAGCACUCAUUGCAAAGUCAGGCCACUGAAAGUGAGGAGCUGUAGAGUAUUCAGCAGUCUCUGAGAUCUGCCAUGUUUGUGGUGUCUAUAUAUAGCCACUCUGGAUGAAGAGGACUCAUCAAGUUUAUAAAAUAAAAAUUGUCAGUGACUGAUGGAUGAAAAGGAAAAUAAAACGUACCCUAAAUCAGUACGCAUCUGCCGUGUUAUUCCCACGAGUCCCUGGUGCGCCAUGAACACUUUGUUAUCACAGACGAUAGACGCUCACACAUUUCAACAGCAAUGUUUUUCAUGAAGGCUUCUUCUCAGUUUGAUGCAAAAGGAGGUCAGCGUGAGACGUCUGCCUCUUGUGCUCACUCACCACUCUUAUUCUUGCUCCACGUUGUACUCUUUGUACUGCUCUAAUGAUUUUAAUGGCUUAUUAAAGUAUCAUUUUGUGCAGAUCAUUUCAUCUGAAUUCAGAAUAAAUUGCUAUUGCAUUGCUAUUGCAAAUGCUAUUAAAUGUUGCUGAGCAUCAA